AUGUCCUCCGACGCCGUUAACCUCUCCGAGAAUACCAACUUAACACUAGCGGAGCGAGAGGAUCAUAAAUCUGCUCAACCGUUAAGGCGCAUGCCCGCCAGGAAGCAGCUGAAGCCUACGCAAACCCAGUCUCAGGGACCCUCCACCAAAACCGAGCGUCCCGAUUGGAAAGGAGAUGUCCUCUACGUCCAACCUUUCGACGCAGAUAUAUCAGAGGUCGGCGAUACCGAUUCUUACAUGACCUAUGAUUCCGACAACGAAUCCGCAAUGUCGUGUACCACCGACCCAGACUCCGAUUCGUACCAUCCAUACAUCCUGGGCGACACAUACGAAGAGUGCGGAGGACAGCCUUUGGAAGGUUAUGAAUACCGGGAUGAAGAUAGACCCGUCACGCGGUUUGGAUUUGCGUCAAAGAAGUCGUUCUGUAGAGGAUCAUGUUGCUCUCGAAAGUCGUCCAUGAGCUCGAUGUGCUCGUCAGCAUAUUCAGCUGACCGGUCUGAUUUGGAUGUAGACGAGGAAAUGGAGAUGUGA